AUGGGCGAGCUCUCCGAUUACCUCGUCCAGAACGACCCCAACUUCCGCAAGGCCCGGCUUCCUGCUCUGUACUCCGAUUUCCGAUCGCAAAAGACGCUGAAUCCGGAUGGCUACCAAGCAAACGUCUCUGCUUGGCUACUGGCCCUGGCGCGGUUAGCAUCUGAUGGGCUAUUGUCCCGCCAGGGUUCCAAAUCUAGCGCCCUCGUGUUUGACCUCGACGAGUCGCUACGACGGUCGCUAGAUAGCAAGCAGUUUGGCCAGCCUUUGGCGCUGGGUACUGUGAUAAACGAAGCGCUGGCGCAGAAAGAUCUGAUUCCGCUCCAGAGCUUCUUACAAUCUAAUCAGAGCAUAUAUCAACAGAGCUGGUCGCAGGUGCCGUGGAAUGUGAUGGGAUGGGCCCUACGUCAGCUCGGAGUUACCGAUCCCUCUCGAGGUGAAGACAAGAUACCCAAGGGCAACUAUGUUGUCAUGAAGAAUGUAGAAACAGCCAGCCGGGAGCUGGGGGAGAGGAUCGCUGAAAAAGCACCAAGAUACGACCGAGUCUUUACAAAAGGCCAAUUCCAAGCAUUAGUUACAUCAGUUCUGGCCGAGGAACAGCGGCUAUCUGAUACGGACACUGACGUAUUGCUGAAGUUCCUAUCUCGAGACAAAGAUAUGAUUGAAUACGAUGGCAAAACCAUCCGCAUCAGAGGAAGUGGCGAAGAAAGGGGGAUUACGGAAGAAGAUUCUUCUAUUGCAUCUAUAAAGGAGCUGGCGAGCAACUUGGAACAUCAGAUUGAUCUUCUUAACGGGCGGAUUGAUGAGCUCGAUCAAGAGGCAAGAAAUGCCGUCCUGCGCAAAAACCGUGUCGCCGCCUUGGCAGCGCUCAAGUCAAAAAAGCGAGCCGAAUCUUCCUUAUCCACACGCUAUGCAACUCUCCAUCAGCUGGAAGAAGUUGCGUCCAAACUGCAGCAAGCUUCCGACCAGGUUCAGUUGGUAAAGGUUAUGGAAUCAUCUGCUAAUGCGCUGGAGAGCCUAAAUACUCAGAUUGGUAGUGCGGACAAGGUUGAAAACACCAUGGACCGUCUCAGAGACCAAAUGAGCGCAACAGACGAAAUCACAGCCAUAUUGGCCGAGCCUACAGGCAUGGUCGUGGAUGAAGAAGAGAUAGACGAAGAGCUUGAAGCUAUGGAGAGAGAACAGAAUAAGGAGGAGGAAGAGAAGCAGCGCCGCAAAGAUGAGGCCAAAGAAGCUUCCAAGGCUAUGAAAGAUUUGGACGAGCUUCCAUCAGUCCCAUCUGAGAGAAUAGGGGCCGAAUCGCCGACUAGAGCAACGGGCAUUGGCAGGCUGACGCUGGAUGGUUGA